AUGUCUUGGGCCGCCCUUGGGAGACCUGCGGCGGUGUGUGCUACAGUGGCUGCGGCAACCACGUUCUGGUUGCAUCGUUGCGCCCCGGCGGCCAUGACGCAGGAGUCCCCGACACUUGUGCUGGACAGCCCCCCAUUGGGUCCCCUUUGGGACUUUAUGUCUUUUUUGGACGCGCGCGUGGCGGAGUGGAAGGUGGAAUCUAGCAGCUUUCCGAAGCCCAAUGCGGUGGCUCGGUUGAGUGACGAGCCCAAGGUGCAGGUGCUGCGAUUGGGUUCCUCCUAUUUACCAGACUCAAAGGGUGGGCGCCCAAUACCUUUCAUGCGCGUUGUUGGAUUUUUUCCUGACGCCCUUCCAGAGGAAAUCUUCAGGUUUAUGACGGAUCUUCAGCUUCGGCGAAGGUGGGAUCACAAUUAUCACAUGUUUUGCAAGUGGGACCCUCCCGUAACGGUGACUGCUCCGGAGUCUAUGACGGCGGUUAAGCGGCCUAUUGAAACGGUUGCAAAGAAGACACCAAUUUGUCGUGGCGACACCUGUCGUUUGGUUCCCGAUAUUGAGGAGGAAGUUCUUGAACAAGGAUGGUUUGCGCACCGUGUUGGUCACUCGCUUCUUGAGAAAUUUGGUAUGGCCGAUCGCCUAUUUGCUUAUCAACGCCGUUCUGUGUGCUACACAAAGUCGGGUUGUGCUUCGAGCCCACUGAAGCUCUAUGAUGUCCUCUAUAGUGGCAGUGGCGAGACAGUGAAGAAGGCCGCUGAGCAGUCCGAACCAUUUGCCACAUGGCUACAUUCGUGCGAAAGCGAGCAGGAAGCUACUCGCGUCAGUGUAAACUACCAACAUAUUUUGAUUAUUCCUAUCGCGGAUGCGGCAAUUCAGCUUUGGGCAGAUCCAUUGCCCUUCUCCUUUGCUGGGAGUAUGGUGGAUGAGAGGACCACAAAGCUCAUAUACGACGCCUUCAUGGCGAGUGAGCGUCUUCACAGGGAAACAAGGCGGUUGGAUGGGACGCUUAUGAUCAUGACAUCGGCCAACGAUGUGCAGAUGCCUAGCGGAGUUCCAAUGUGGACUCAACGAAUGCUUGCCACCUUUUUUUCCAAUUACGCGCAGCGUGAAAUGUUAAAGGCGGUACGAGCCUAUCGGACAAAAGAUUAA